UUGUUUUACCUGGACAGGUCCUAGCAUCGCCCCUGUGGAUGAACGGGUUCGUCCUGCAGCAUUUUAAGCGAUUUAACCCCAAACUCACAUUUGUUUGGUUAUUUUUUAGUUGCGGUUUUUACAUUUUUAUCGCUACGCCGGAGAAAUGGCCGACUGGAAGCCACAGAUUAGCUACAACUAUAACCCCUCUUACCACGCAUACGCUUACGGCCUCGUUUACCAACCCGGGCCGGAGCAGAACCACGGGAACACGGCCAGCUGGGGAGGAGAGCCCGGAGUCACGGAUUUGAGCAACUACAACGCCGGGGUCAGCCAGGCCUACUUCGCCUCCACCCCCCGGACCAGCCCGGAGCAGCACGCCAUGAGCGGCCACGGUCACUACCAGGGCUCCGAGGCGGUUUACCUGGGCGACUCCCAAGCAGGCCGUCUGCUGCUGGCCGGACCCCAACGGCCUGCGUACGAUGCCCGGCCACAUGAGGUCAGGCGGGCCGGGAGCGACACCGCCAGUGACUCGGAGACUCACACCUCACCAGAUUCCUGGAGUUCUGGGAGCAGCAGAGAAGGAAGUGUCCCCCAGGCUGACCCUGCUACAUGGGCAAAGAAAGAGCUGGAGGAAGAAGCGAUCUGUAGGAGCCCUGUUGCCAGAGAGGAUGUUUCCAGCUCUGUCAUGGAGGAGCCCAGACCCGUCCCUGUCAAUGGGAACAUGUGCACCAACGAUACCCAAAAUGCACUCUUAAUUGUCCCAAAGAAGGCUUCUGCUGUAAAUACCCCUAAAGGAAAGGUCCGCUCUGCCUUCUCGGAGAGUCAGAUGAAUGCUCUUGUCCAGCGCUUUAGUGUUCAGAGGUACCUCACACCGGCGGAGAUGAAGAACGUUGCAGAACUGACUGGGUUGUCCUACAAACAGGUUAAGACUUGGUUUCAGAACCGAAGGAUGAAGCUCAGGAGGCACCAGAAGGACACGAGCUGGGUGUCUGAGCGCUACAACAGAAACAGCCCUACUCGUGGACCCAUGUACACCAAUAUGCCACCACACAUCCCACCUUAUCAGGGAGAAGCCCGGCCCCAGCUGAAGGAGCAUUACAAUCAGCACAUGAUGGAGACAUCUUUUAAAAAGGCGGCUCCUCAGAACCUCGCCUACUAUCUGGCCGCAAUGAACUCUGUUGCUGGAUCUGCUGGAUACCCUCCCUGGCCCCCAGGCUCGUCCCAGACCGCAAUGCCCCCCAGGCCCCAGGCCCGGUCCAUGCCUCCAGGAGUCAACCACUGUGAAUACAACUCCAUGGCAUUCAACUCAGCCAGCGCCACCCCUGCAAAUAACACUGGGCAUGACACACGCUUCGAAAGCAAAGGCGGGGAGGCUGUGGACACCCGCGGCACAGCCAUGGUGCACAAUGCCGGCCAGUAGUUGUUGUUGGGUUGAUGAGUUCGAGCUUUUUCUGUAAUAUUUACCCAACAGGCCUGUUUAUAUUCUUCUAUUUCCUCACUGUGAUUGAGGUCUUUUUUGCAUAGUCGAGUGUACAUAUACCUUGUUCAUACUCCUGUUCAAAAGUAUUUUACCUUGAAGUUUUAUUUUUGAUAUGCAACUAUUUAAUGUGUGUUCUUUGCGCUUGGUGGUGAUGGAUGAGUCCACGUUGGAUGAAUAAUUGGAUCAUGUUGUUUUUUGGAACAAUUUUAAAGCAAAGUACUGAAAGAUAUCUGCUGUGCACACAUUUUCUAUAAAAGCCAGUUUCACUCCA